AUGACCACUCUCGCCUCGCAAGUUGUGCUUCAUCCCUAUGUUGGCCAGUCGCUCAAGUACGGUGGAAACAACGUUGGUCGUGACAAGCUCUACCGUACCAUCCAAUAUUUUGCUCGCUUUCUAGCGUGGUACCUAUUAUCUCGGGGUGACAAAGCUGAAGCUGCUCGAUGGAAUGCUCUCAAGAGCCACCUCGCCCUUGGUCGUAAACUUAUGAGGCUCGGCAAACCAGUCGAGCACUUGCAGGCAGCCCUCCGUGCUGCUCAGUCUGCAUCUCACGCCGCCGAACAACUCACGACCAUCGGCCGCCAGCUGGGCUACUUUGGUUAUCUUACCUAUGACGCCAUCGUAUGGGCCAACACUGUCAAGUUUAUAAACUUGAAGCCGGACACGGCCGCCAAGGUCACAAAAACCUCCAACCGUUUCUGGCUUGCCGGUAUCCUCUUCAGCAUCACGCAUAACCUUCUCAAAUUGGGCCGACUGGCACAGGAGGCUAAAGGACUUCGUGCAACCCAGACGUGGGGCGAAAAAGAUCUCGCUGAUGAAGCCCAGCGUGAAGUGAAAGUUCUCGCUAAUGCAUCCAUGCGCAGCGACGUCAGGCACCAAUUUGCAAUCGACUUGUUGGACGUCUGGAUACCGGCUUUUAAUCUUGGCCUUGUGGGCGUGAGCGACGGCUUUGUCGGCAUCGCUGGGAUGAUUUCUUCCAUCAUGGGUGUUCGCGCGCAGUGGAAUACCAUCAACGGCAUUAAAAAGAACUAG